AUGGCCGCGUCUUCGUCAACUGCGGCCUCGGACACUCUCGCCUCGUCUACCACGUCCAGCGCAGUCUUUGACGGCGGAUACACCUACUCUUUCCCCGACGCCGGCCAGUCGACAACCACGGCCUCGACUUGUGGAUGGGGCGAGGCUACCAAGACGGUGCAGGUUACCGAGACCGUGGUCAGCACCAUCUUGGUCUAUAGCUCUGCUGCAUCUAGCAGCGGUAGCACCUCCACAUCGAGCUUCUCGUUUCCGAGUGAUGGGGACAGCGGAGGUCGUCCUGCGCCGCCGCCCAGCACCAGCACCACCUCAUCCGGAUCUGUGGCUAGGCCGACUACACUGGUUUUGAACGGGACUACGACCACCAUCUCUGACGCUCCGCUCCCCACGUCGUCUGAGACGCUGAUCAUCCCCACGAUCAGCAGCCUGGCCAACACGAGCGCCGGGGCUGCGUCCACCCAGAGUCUGUCGUUGACUCCCAGCUCAUCCGCAAGCUCCGUUGAUGGAUCUACGACUUCGUCUUUGGCGCAGAUUCCACCUGCGGUGACUACGAUCAUGAGCGACGGGGGCGGUUCGACGUGGACAAUCACCGUGGGAACCACGAGUGGGAUCCAGCCGUUUCCCAACAGUACCUCGACGCCUCGGUCUCUCGCACCCUCCGAGACUGCUUCGGGGAUUUUCAGUGUGAUUACCAGUCUCGUUGGCGGCGUCGGGUCAACGUGGACGGUGAUUGGGGGGUCGACAGUCACCGGCACUUGGAGCCUGGGGACGUCCACUCCAUCCGAAGCCCCCUCGCAGAUAGUCACAGGCGGUUUCACCGUCAUCACGAGCGUCAUCGGAGGCGUUGCAACGACCUGGACAGUCACGGGAGGGACAAAUGCCACUUCUCGCCCGAGCGAAACGACGAGUUUUGAAACUCCUUGGGCAACUCCCUCCGAAGCCGCCAGUGGUGCCUUGACUAUCAUUACGAGUAUCAUCGGAGGGGUGGGUACAACUUGGACGGUGACUGGAAACCCUACUCUUGCGCCGUCGCUGAAUGGAUCAAUGGCGACUUCGACCCCUUCUGCGGUUCCCUCCGGGACGGCCAGCGGCGUGGUAAGCGUCAUUACUACAAUCAUUGGAGGCGUAAGCGUAACGCAGACAGUGGUCGGAGGAGUCACAGCGAGUGCCUCUUCUACGGGGAACACGACCGUCUCGACUCCUCCAACUCUUUCUGAGACAGAGAGCAGAUCUGUUGGCGUAAUCACUAGCAUCGUAGGUGGCAUCGCCUCGACAUGGACCGUCAUUGGAGGCUCGACCCUGGUCGACUCGUCGAGCCCCCCGGCCACAGUCACAGCUCCCGUCUCAUCCGAAACUGCCAGUGGCGCAUUCAGUGUCAUCACGAGCGUCAUCGGCGGCGUCACAUCAAUCUUGACUCUUGUUGAAGGCUCGACUCUUUCUAGACCCUCGUCUUUGGCCACGUCUGCUUCCGCCCCGGUCUCUGUCGUCACGAGCGUAAUCAACGGAGCUGUUUCUUCAUGGACUGUGAUUGGGGGUUCGACCGUCUCCGGAGUUCCCGACGGGACGACGUCGACUCCGACCCAGAGCGGCGCCGUGUCGGUCAUCACCAGCGUCGUUGGCGGCGUCGGGUCUACCUGGACCGUCAUCGGAGGAUCUACUGUCACUGGGUCACUCGAUACGUCGAUUUCAGCAACCCCGGCGUUACCUCCCGGUGCUUCCAUCGUCACCAGCAUCAUUGACGGUGUUGCAUCGUCGUGGACGGUGAUCGGGGGCUCGACAGUCUCUGGCAGGCCAACGGAAACCGGCCAGGCUACGGUCAUAACCAGCGUUGUUGGAGGUGCCGCUUCGACGUGGACUAUCAUCGGAGGCUCAACUAUCUUUGGAUCUGCAAACAACACAGCGGGAGGAACUCAGACAGCUUCUGCUACUCCCACAGUCAUCACGAGCGUCGUCGAUGGAGCCGCCUCGACCUGGACUGUCAUCGGCGGCUCAACCAUUCUUGGAUCUGCAAACAACACAGCGGGAGGAACUCGGACAGUUUCUGCUACCCCCACAGUGAUCACGAGCGUCGUCGAUGGAACCGCCUCGACCUGGACCGUCAUCGGCGGCUCAACCGUCUUCGGAACGCUGCCGCAGCCUUUGACGAGUACAGGGAGUGCAGCAGAAGUGGUUUCUACCAUUAGCGGCCGCGUCUCUACCUUGACUCUGUCCGGAGGCGCCACAUUGAUAAGCACACUCAACGGGAGCAUCCCAACGACAACCGAGAGCACGGCGUCAACUGCUUCUUUGUCUUCCUCUGCAACAACGAGGAGCUCAGCAACAGCGACCACUAGCUACGAUUCGGCCUUCACCGGGAUCUCCGUCAUUGCAGCUCAGAACGGAAGCACAUGCUACACAGAGCCCACUCCGAUCGCCGCGCUCCACGAGUCCGUUCUCAACAACACAGGUCGCGAGCCGCCGUACAUGGACGCAUUCUAUCUGGACGCUGCCACCAACUCGGUCAAGUACCUCCGACUGAGGAACAACAACACCGAUCCGAUCCUUGUCGACGUCUCGGAUCCAUCAAAGGUUGCCAUCAUUGACGGGGCGGGCAAUGUGCUCUCCGUCGACAGCGAGGGGCUGCACUUCACCUCGCCGAACUGCUCUCCCAAGAUUGACGUCUUCAUAUCAGGCUUUUCCGAGCAGCUGAGCGCGUUGACCAACACGAGCUGCGGCGGGACAAGCGAUGUCCCCGUCAACAGCACACGCACGUCUAGUCCUCCUCCAGUCUUCAGGGGCACACUGGAUAGGAGACAGGAACAGGCGUUUAACGUGACUCUUCGCCUCACGGAUCAAUGCGGCGAACCCGCGCGCGCCGACCUUCCCGUCUCCGUCUCUCUCGGCGGCACGGAAUGCGUUGUUCUCCCCGAGACGACGGGGACCUUUGUCGCAAGGUGCGCGUUCCCCGGCGGCGAGAGCAGCACGACGGAAUGCGAGACCGCUGUCCAGCAGACGCUGGACCAACUCACUCGGGGCUCCUUAGCCGGGACGUGCCCACCGUUCACGUCCGUAUGGAGUCUCUUAUCCCGGGAACUCGGCGGCGUGGUCAACGUCGACGCUCUCCUCCAGCCGUUCCUCGACGCCGGACUCAACCUCGGCACCGAUCGGGGCCGGGGCAUCCUCUCGGUCAUUGACAGCUUCAUGAGGGUGUACGACUUCUCGGUCGCGACCUUCGGGAACUCCACCUCGAACGGCGGCGGCAGCUCGGGCCUGGAGGGGAUGGUCGCGGGAUACGGCGCCGCGGCCGUCCGGACAGACGUCUGCCGCUCCCUCAUCUCCUCGGAGACGCUGAACCUGACCUUCACGGCGGGCGCGCCCGCGACCCCGGUCCCGCUGGCGAACAUCUCCACCGUGCCCUCGCCGGCGCCCGAGUACGAGCGCAACGUGACGGACCCCACGGCCCUCGCGUGCUGCCCGAACCCGCGCAAGUGCGUGGUGACGGACGACGAGGGGCCGCACUACCCCCUCGAGGCGUCGACCGAGACGCCCGACUGCCUCUGCGGCACGACGCUCGAGGGAAGGGGGAUCGCCUUCCGGUCGGGCGGGUGCGGCGCGUACUCGCGGUGCAACGAGACUUCGCCGUGCGGCGGGGGCGCAGUGUGCCUGGUCGACAACUGCUGCGGGUUCGGCGUCUGUGUCAACGGGACGGAGUGUUCUGCGCCGAGGCCUGCGAUGCGGUGGGUGGACCUCUUUGGGGCGGAGACGUCCGGCGGCAUGUUUUGA